AUGCUUAUGAGCAGAAAACCAAGAUCUCGCUUGGACGUCCUACAUCCUGAUGCAAGACAAAGAGUACAGAACCAACAGAAGAAGCAGAAAGAGUUACACGAUCAACAUGCAGUGGAUCGACAAUUACGACCAGGUGACUUAGUAUAUUCGAGAGAAUUUUGAAAACAUCAAAAGUGGUGUCCAGCAGUUAUCAAUACACAAACCGGGCCAGUUUCUUAUACCAUACAGUUGGAAGACGACCGGGCAGUUCAUCGUCAUCAAGAUCAGGUGAUUCAAAGAGAAAUACCCGAAGAAAACGAAUAUGACGCCAUGGAUCCAGAUCUCAACGAGCAACCCGUUCCAGACCAACAAGUGGUUAGCGAAGAAAAUGCAGUUCCAGCAACCCGAUAUCCGCAAAGAGAUAGACAGACACCGGACUAUUAUUCGUGAGUAAUUACAUUAAUUUUAGAGUAUAAAACACUAAUGGAUUAUAAACUGUUAGGUUAGAGUGUUGACAUUAUUAGUUUAGUCGUUAUGUUGCAGGGACUCUGGUUUUAAUCCAGGGAAAAAGGAGUAUAACAUCCGGGG